AUGACAGUGGCAAGUUCAUAUCGUUUCGAUCCACCUCCACCACGCCUGAGGAAGAAGCGGGCAGUGGUUCGUCGUGACCGUGAAGGUGGAGCCGAGCGCCUCCAUCGCGAUUAUUUCGCCGUCGAACAUGUUUAUGGUCCACAAUUCUUUCGCCGUCGAUUUCGCAUGAGCCGGGAGUUGUUUCUACGCAUUGUCAAUGCGCUAGAAGUCGAUCCUUACUUCCAACAACGUCUGGAUGCUGUUGGCCGCUUAAGCUUCUCCCCGAUCCAGAAGUGCACUGCCGCUGUUCGACAAUUUGCAUACGGAACUUCUGCUGAUUGUUAUGACGAAUAUCUCCGUAUAGGAGAGUCGACGGCGUUGGAAUGCUUGAAAAAAUUCUGCAAGGCCGUCGUUCGUAUCUUUGGCGGCACGUAUUUGAGGCGGCCAACAACUGUCGAUGUGCAACGCAUCACUGCAAUGCACGAAGCCUGCCAUGGGUUCCCGGAAAUGUUGGGGAGCCUAGACUGCAUGCAUUGGGGAUGGAAGAAUUGCCCCGUGGCUUGGCACGGCGCCUACACUCGAGGGGAUCAAGGCGAGCCAAUAAUUAUAUUAGAGGCCAUUGCUUCACAAGAUUUGUGGAUCUGGCAUGCAUUCUUUGGAGUCGCUGGGUCCAACAACGACAUCAACGUGCUCCACCAGUCCACGCUAUUCAAUGAUGUUUUAGCGGGGCAUGAAGCGGCUGUGCACUUCCUUGCCAACAAUUCUCACCACACUCGAGGAUACUACUUAACAGACGGCAUCUAUCCGAACUGGCCGGUGUUCGUGAAGAGCUUCCAGUUUUCGAACGAUGAGAAGAAGCGGAGGUUCAAGGUGAUGCAAGAAGCUGCAAGGAAGGAUGUGGAACGAGCUUUCGGUGUUCUUGAGGCUCGGUGGGCUAUAAUUAAAGGACCGUCGCGUUUGUGGAAGGCGGAGCAAAUGAGUUCUAUCAUGUUUGCAUGCAUCAUAUUGCACAACAUGAUCAUUGAGGAAGAAGGUGGAAAUGCAAGUAAUUUUGACGGUGACGACGGCGAGGGACCAAGUUCUACUCCUCAAACGCAAUUCAAUUCCGGAGCACCACCGGAGUUCGCCGCCUAUUUGGCACGGAAUGCAAGCUUGAAGGAUGCACGAUUGCAUGCUCGCCUCCGCGACGAUUUGGUUGAGCAUAUAUGGGCACGCUUUGGUCCGGUUGACCCGUAG